AUGUCGGACGUCGCACCUUACGAAGGUCUCGGCUGGCUCGGCUUGUCCCUCCUCAUAAAAACAUAUCUUCUGCCAGUCACACACUCUAAUUCCGCACCCGAAAAACGGCAGUUCCUCCCCGCCGGCGCCGCGAACGCAACCACAGUCACCGAAACGGCCACCUUCUUUCCGGAGCCGAAGACCUUGACCGAUGAGGUCUACAAGACCAUCAUCCAAACAGAAACUGCGACGCGCACCACCACCACAACAGCCACGGUCCCAAAGACCAUUUUCGCCACAGUGACUGAACAUCUCACGUCUGUGUCCACCUCCGUAGACCACCACUGGCUCACCAAAUGGACACACUACCCCAUCGAUCCGGCAACCCCAUACACGACGAUACUCUACACUCCCGACGCCACUCUGAGCCCGAGUACUCCUGAGGCUGAAGCGUACCCUCCAGUCACCACACAAAUGCCCGCGACAGUGUCUACCUCAGCAACAUGGUUCCCAUGGAGAGCGUUCUCGGCCAUCCUCCUCGUCUUACUGAUGAUCUCUAUUGCCGCAAUCGCGCUCAUGUGGUACCGUGAGCCAAGGGUAAUCAGACUAUCAGGACAGCUGAAGAGUAAGCAAGUGGCCUACGAGACAAUGAAGCGAAGCCGCGCGGAAAUUGCAGAGAAGGCACUGGCCGAGCGAGCGACCCUGCUUCAUAGAUGCGACAAGGCUGAGCGGUCAGCUAAGCUUCUGCCCGGGCGAGAUGCGAUACUUCAAGGUCUCGGUGUCCUUGAAGCUGGCGAAGGCGAAAUUGACCAAAAGACACUCAAUAUCAGGUUAGAGGCUAGACUGAGCACUCUAAUCGCGGACAAACAGCGCCUAGAAUACCUGGAACUGGACAACAAGGCCCAAAGAACGGAGAUCAGGGACCUCAAAGAGACCAUCAUGACCCGACUGCGCAGUCAGUACGUUUCUGGAGUCGUACGGACCUUCGACGAGUUGCUUCAAGACAAGCAACAAGAAAUCACAAACCUUCGAAAAAUGAUCAACACUGACAACGUUGGCGAGGCUGUCAAGGAGUCCGCCCAGCUGCACGAAGAGAAAGAGGCUGAGCUCAUUGAGCUACGGCCUCUGCGCACCAAGGUCGUUGCCCUAGAGCAGGCGCUCAACGAAGCCAAGAACGAGACUUCGCUAGUUCAGGCUCAGAAGAAGACCCAGGGUGUAGACGACGAACGGCGCUGGAACGGGGAGCGUGACAGGUUGCGCAGAGAACAUCGCACCAACGCCGAUGCCCUGAAAGCGAAGCACAACAGUGAAAUGACCACACUGAAGGCAAACAUCAACACGGCUAACUGUCUGGGAGACCCAGACCUGCGAAACGCCCUGGUUCAGGCAGACCAAAAGUCCGCGGGACUGGAGAAGAAGCUGAAACUUGCCUCACAGCAGGUCUUGGGCAUGUCGGCGAGGAACCCCGCGAUCAACCCCCCGUCUACUUCCACUGUGGAGAGGGAUCUCCGAGACCAGGUUCAUAAAUUGAACGUCAAUGUGCAGACAUUGAAUAAUAAAGUCAUGCUCAUCACCCAGGAGCGCGAUGAGGCCAUCAGCGCGACUACUGAAGCCAAGUCUAAGGGCGAGGCGGUGUACAGUCAGUUGCAAAAUCUCCAGGCAGUAGGAAGCAACAACGGGACGCCAGCUGCAACGAUCGUGCAGUAUCAGGCGGACUUGACGCAGAAAGACCAGUCUAUCAAGAAAUUACACGACCAAAAUGACAGCCAGGCGAUUCUAAUCAACCGAUAUCAUCAAGAAGGCAUCCAAGAGAUCGACCGCCGUGAUCAGAAGAUACAGCAGCUUGAAUCGGGCGCGACGCACAACAGUCAAACCAUCACAGUUCUGCAACAGCGCAUCGUCUCUCUCGAAAACGACGUCGCGGCUAAGGAGACCAAAUGCCAAAACCUCGAUACACGCAUCCAGGCUCUGAGUCACGGUCAGCCCGCAAUCAUCGAUGCAGCGUCUUCAACGCAGAUUGGAGCGCUGAAGAAGGACAACGACUCAUUAAAGAAUGACAACGACUCAUUGAAGAAGGAAGUCCAGGCCGAGAAAGAGAGAUACACCCUCAAAGUCGUCGAGCUCAAGAUCAAGAUUGAUGAUCUAGAACGGGAUGAGCAGAAGGCGAAAGAUGAACUCAAGGAAGCCAUCGAUUCGCGAGGCAAGGUCAUCGCCGCGAAGAUCGCGGAGCACAAACGUGAGCGCCAGCAGGAGUUUGAUGACUUGAAGAACUCGCAAGCAAGUUCGGAAAUCAAGGCGUUGAAAUAUCGAAUUGAGCAAUACGAGGAAGAGAACAAGGGGCUGAGAGAGGAUGUAAAAGAAGAGUGGAAGAAGAUCCUGGUCAAGAGAGACAACGAGAUGCUAGCAUCUGCAAAGGAGCUGAGAACCGCCAAAAAGGAGAAGGAACAAUCGCAGAAGCUGUGCCACAACUUCCGAGUAAGGUGGAACCUACUUUCGAAAAACAAGGCUUUCAAGGAUGGGGUGCUCACAUAUGAGGAGGUCAAAGAUGGUCUCUUCAUGGGCAGUACUACAGAGGUCAAGGACCAGAUGAAGAAGGUUCUUGACGAUAACGAAGAUCUUCAGGCUGAGAACACAAAAUUGCGCGGCGACGUUGAGAGGUUGACCUGGUACCACAACGCGGAGUCGGUGGAGGCCGAGAUGGAAAUAGCUGAGGCUUAUGCCUCUGAUGACGAGUGA